UCUCGAGCCCCUCUCGCUAUCGGUUCCCUCCUUGGCACUCGCUCUUGCUUGCUCCCCUGGUCUGGUCACCUCCCGGCCUGGGCUCUCCCCCCGUCUCCUCCUCCUCCCCGCUCUAUCCUUUCGCCCUCCUUCUCCCACCUUCUCUUAUCCCGAUAAUGGCAGCCUCCAGCAGCUCUGACUAGCCACCUGCUGCUGCUCUUUGCUUGGUACCCGUGCUCGCAGAAGAAUUACACUUUCCAUCCACAGCCUCGAGGCAGGUCGUCAGGCAACAGAGCGUGUGCUGAGGAGCAGAGGAGCAGCAGCCGGGGCGCCAGCGCCCAUUGUUGGGCUGAUUGAGCUGGGCUCGCUCGUCGUUGGGCGUGUGCAUGGCGCCUAAGAGCAAGCGCGGGAAGGCCAAGGGUGAGAAGAAGAAGAAAGAUGAGAAAGUUCUCCCAGUGGCCAUUGACAUCACCGUGAACCUCCCGGACCAGUCUCAUGUCAUUCUGAAGGGGAUUUCAACGGACAGGAUCAUCGAUGUGAGGCGGCUGCUCUGCGUCAACACCGCCACAUGCGCCAUCACAAACUACUCCCUCACACAUGAGACACGUGAUGGCCAGUUGAAGGAUGCUGCUGAGAUAGCGACGUUGAAGCCUUGCACGCUCACCCUGGUGGAAGAUGACUACAGCGAGGAGAGUGCGGUGGAGCACGUCCGGCGGCUGCUGGACAUCGUCGCCUGCACCACCUCCUUCGGCCCUGCGCCGCCACCUCCGCCGCCGCCGUCCCCCAAGGACGCCGAUGCCGCCAAGGAGCCCUCCAGCUCCAGCGCCACCUCCAAGGGCGCCGCCUCCGGGUCCUCGGGCGGGCGCCGCACGGCCUCGCCGCCGCCGGCGUCGCCGUCCAAGGAGUCUUCGGCCGCGAAGGAGGCGGCGGCCAAGGAGUCCGCGGCCGCGGCGGAGCUGGAGGCCGAGAUGAGCGGCGCGUGCCCCCGCCUCGGCGCCUUCUACGAGUUCUUCUCCCUCGCCAACCUCACGCCGCCACUCCACUUUAUAAGGCGAGUGUCACAGCCCCGGCAGGAGGAGCAGCCUUCGGAUGACCAUCUGUUCUUUCUCGAGGCAAAGCUUUGUAGUGGGAAAUUCGUUGUUGUUGAAGCUCGGAGAAAGGGAUUCUUCAGUUUGGGGAAGCAGCAUGUCUUGUGCCAUAACCUUGUCGACCUUCUGAGGCAUCUUAGUAGAGCAUUUGAUAAUGCUUAUGAAGAUCUUAUGAAGGCAUUUUUGGAACGAAACAAGUUUGGAAAUUUUCCUUACGGAUUUCGUGCAAACACAUGGCUUGUUCCUCCAAUUGCUGCCCAGUCACCAUCAACGUUUCCUCCUCUUCCUGCUGAGGAUGAAAACUGGGGAGGCAGUGGAGGUGGUUGGGGAAGGGAUGGCAGAAGCGAUAUGUUGCCAUGGGCAGAUGAAUUCCUUUAUCUGACAUCUAUGCCUUGCAAAACUGCUGAGGAGAGGGAAAUCCGUGACAGGAGAGCAUUCCUACUACACAGCCUCUUUGUAGAUGUUGCCAUCUUUCGGGCUAUUGCAGCAGUAAGGCAUGUAAUGGAGAGUACAGGGAUAUCAGCAUCAACCAAGAUAGAUGAAGUUUUGUAUUCUGAGACAGUGGGAAAUUUUAGCAUCACUGUCACAAGAGAUUCUUCAGAUGCAAGCUGCAAGUUGGACACUAAGAUAGAUGGAAGCCAAGCGACAGGAAUGGACUCUAAGGAUCUUGCUGAAAGGAACCUUUUGAAAGGAAUAACGGCAGAUGAAAACACGGCUGCCCAUGAUGUUGACAGUUUGGGCAUUAUCAACCUUAGGUAUUGUGGGUAUGUUGCAGUAGCAAAGGUUACUGAUAUCGAUAAAGCCAAAGUGACCUCUUCUAUUAAGCCAAUAAAUAUAGCAGAUCAACCUGAAGGUGGUGCACAUGCAUUGAACAUUAACAGUUUGAGGAUGCUCCUUAAUGAAGCCAAUUCAACUGGAGAGAAAAAGAUAUCAAGCCUUUCACAAAAUCAUAGGCAUGAAGAACUAACUACGGCACAAACUUUUGUUGAGAAAUUGUUGAAGGAAAGUCUUCAAAAGCUCGAGGAAGAGGAAAAUGAGAAACAAUCAUUUAUGAGAUGGGAACUUGGUGCCUGCUGGGUUCAGCAUUUGCAGGAUCAGAAAAAUUCUGAUAAGGAUAAAAAGCAAGGUGGUGAGAAGGAUAAGAAGAAAACAGUGGACAAAUCUAUGAAAGAGACAAAGAUUGAAGGGCUAGGGAAGCCUUUGAAAGCCCUUAAGAACUCGAAAAAUGCUGGUACUGCUGACACGGGAUCCUCAUUGGGGACCAAAAGCUCUGCAGAAAGUCAGAAAGACAAACCUAUUGAAUUACCACAAGGAGAGUCUAAUGCUUCAGAGAAUGAGAACCUGCUGAAGGAUUUAUUACCAGAAUCUGCCUUUACAAGGUUGAAAGAAUCAGAAACUGGGCUCCACCAGAAGUCACCUUCUGAGUUGAUUGAGAUGGCUCUAAAGUACUAUGAUGAAGUCGCGCUUCCUAAGCUGGUUGCUGAUUUUGGUUCUCUGGAGCUUUCACCUGUUGACGGUAGAACUUUGACAGAUUUCAUGCAUACCAGAGGCCUACAGAUGCGCUCUCUAGGACGAGUUGUCAAGCUUUCGGAGAAGCUUUCACAUGUUCAGUCCCUAUGUGUGCAUGAAAUGAUAGUGCGAGCAUUCAAGCACAUCAUUCGAUCUGUUAUUGCUGCUAUUUCAGACACACGACAAUUAGCACUAACAAUAGCCGCAGCUCUGAACUUACUGCUUGGUGUUCCUGAAUCUGAUGUCUCUGGAAGUUGUCCUAGUGUGCAUCCCCUAGUAUGGAGAUGGCUGGUGACAUUCUUGAAAAAGAGAUAUAAAUUUGAGCUCACAGAGAAACAUUACAAUGAUGUGAGGAAAUAUGCUAUACUGAGAGGACUCUGCCAUAAGGUGGGCAUUGAAUUGGCACCCCGAGAUUUCGUUAUGGAUUCUGCUUUCGCAUUCCAUAAGCAGGACAUUAUUAGCCUGGUACCUGUACAUAAGCAAGUCGCAUGCUCAUCUGCAGAUGGAAGGCAACUGCUAGAAUCCUCUAAAACUGCCCUUGACAAGGGAAAACUUGAAGAUGCUGUCAAUUAUGGGACCAAGGCUCUUUCUAAGCUCAUAACUGUGUGUGGUCCCUACCAUCGAAUGACAGCUGGAGCUUAUAGCCUGCUAGCCGUUGUUUUGUACCAUACUGGUGAUUUUAAUCAGGCUACUAUUUAUCAGCAAAAGGCCCUAGACAUCAAUGAGAGGGAACUUGGACUUGACCACCCUGAUACAAUGAAGAGUUAUGGAGACCUUGCUGUAUUCUACUACCGUCUACAACAUACAGAAUUGGCUCUAAAGUAUGUCAAGCGUGCGUUAUAUCUUCUGCAUCUUACGUGCGGGCCAUCUCAUCCAAAUACAGCUGCUACAUAUAUCAAUGUAGCCAUGAUGGAAGAAGGAUUGGGCAAUGUGCAUGUAGCUCUCAGAUACUUGCACAAAGCUUUAAAAUGCAACCAGAAAUUACUUGGCCCUGAUCAUAUACAGACUGCUGCCAGCUACCAUGCUAUAGCCAUAGCUCUCUCGUUGAUGGAAGCUUAUUCCUUGAGUGUUCAGCAUGAGCAAACAACCUUACAGAUCCUUCGUGCAAAGCUUGGACCAGAUGACCUACGGACUCAGGAUGCUGCUGCCUGGCUUGAAUACUUUGAGUCCAAAGUAAUUGAGCAACAAGAGGCUGCACGGAAUGGAACUCGGAAACCUGAUGCAUCAAUAGCUAGUAAAGGACACCUAAGUGUGUCUGAUCUUCUUGAUUACAUAAAUCCCAACCAAGAGAACAAAGGAAGAGAUUCUGAAUCUGGCAAACGGAGAUACUCCAGUAUAAAGGUUUUAUCACAUUCAAAUGAAAGUUCGAAUGGAGCAAGUCCUGAGAUAUCUCCGAGGGAUUCAACUCCCAUUAUAGACGAGGAACAGCAAGUUAAAGAGCUGUCAAAAGAUGAUGGUACUGAUGUUAUAUCUGAAGCUGAGGUUAAACAGAGUCCUAAAUCGUUUGAGCAACCAGCACCUUCUGAGCUACCACUAGAGAUACCCAAGGUGAACAUUAAUGUACCUAAGGAGGUUCUUCAAGAUGAAACUGCAGAACCUGAAGAUGGUUGGCUGCCUGUUCAAAGACCUAAAUCAGCUGGAGGACCAGGAAAGCAGAUAAAGCAUUACCGUCCCACCACCAGAAAGGUGUAUGACCCUGAUAGUCAUGAUCCAACAUAUACUUCACAAUACAAGGCUAGGAAUUCCUAUCCAAAUAAUCGGUAUUAUUUCUUAAGGAAGAGAACUGUCGUACCUACAACAUAUACAGAUCCUCAGCAGCAUGUGAAAGUCCAGACAUCAGGUGCCAGGUUUGGUCGCAAGAUUUACAAGGCUGUGACCUAUAGGGUUAAGCCAGGGACUGCGCCCACAGAUGUCCAAGAUACUAAGAGUGCAGAGCAGGUGAGUGGUAAAGCAGAAUCCCAGGUGACAUACUCACAAGCACACAAUCUUACCUCAAUAGAUCACAAAGAAAGUGAGCUACAUGGAGCUUCAGUUGCAAGUAGUGGAAAUGCUCCAUCAUACAAAGAUGUUGCAUUGGCACGUCCUGGAACAAUUGCCAAGACUCAAAUUCAGAAAUCUAGAGAUGAUGUACCGCAGAACCAACCAUCACUUGGUCAAAUCAUUGCACAAGAAAUGAAGGAUUCUUUGGUUGAUUCACUUCAAGUGGAACAGAGACCUGUCUCUUCAAAUGCCAAUAAUCCUAAAGAAGUAGCCAAUGUAGCAGAACAAAUCCAGCAAUCAGAAGAAACUAAAUUCUCUGGAAGAGAACCAGAGAUUGAGAAUAUAGGCAAAGAUGGUUCACAAAAUUUGCUGAUGUCUGUAGCUGGAAGUGAGUCUGGAAAUAGUAAAGAAGAUGCCAAUGUGUUCAGUAACACAAGUCAAGAACCAUCAAGUGGUGGCAAUGAUGGUGCAGCCAUUGAGUUUUCUGAGUCUACUGGAUCUGCUAAAGCUGAACAGAGUGGGAAGUCUGACAUGGAAAUUUUUGAAGCUCUGCCCAGCAGUAUAGAACCUAUAUCAGAUUCAGCAUCCACAACAAACACAGGGAGUCUUGUAGGUGUUGCAAGUGAGAAGUCCAAGCCUAACUUAUUGCUGAGUAAUAUUGAUUUGAGAGAGAUGCCUAAUAAGAAGCUAUCUGCUGCUGCCCCACCAUUUAAUCCAUCUCCACCGGCUGUACUUAGCCCCCUUGCUGGAAAUGUUGGUCUCCCGCCAACAGGUACCAUGCCGGGAGUAGCGCCUUGGCCUGUGAAUGUAUCCCUGCAUCCUGGGCAUUCAACUAUGGUGCCAAGUGGUCCUCCUAUGUGCACUUCCCCUCAUCAUUUGUAUCCUCCUGCCCCCCGGUCUCCAAAUCUCAUGCAUCCUGUGCCAUUUAUUUAUCCACCAUAUAGUCAACCACAGGUGGUUCCAAGCACCACAUUUCCCAUGAACACUAUUUUUCGGCCUAACCAUUAUGGAUGGCAACCUUAUAUGGGCUCAGCUCCAUCAGAAUUUGCGCCAGUGUCAGCAUGGUCAAGUGGCCAUACAAUUGACUUCACCCCCCCGCCACAUGUUGUUGACCCCAUUUCACAGUCUUUAGCAGAUAAGCAUAUUCAAUCUGAUGCAGCUGUUGUUAGUAUAGGACCUUCACUGGACAGUAAUGCUGUAGCGGCCAAAGGGGAAAUGGAGACUCCUGCAGUGGUAGGAAGUGAAAAUUUCAUCAGCAACAAACAUGAUGAUCAGGACAAACAAUUAAAGGAUGCGGUUAGAAUUGAGCUGAAUCCUGACAUGAAUGCAGAGAACAGUCAUGACAUUGGUGUAACGAAUCAAUCGCAAAGCAACAUGAAGAACGAAGAUGAAGGUAGUUUCAGGAUAUAUGUAAAGGGGAAAAGCCGGCGGAAACAAACUCUGAGAAUCCCAAUAAGUUUGCUUAACAAGACAUACGGAUCACGUUCUUUCAAGCUUGUCUAUAACAGAGUAGUAAGAGAGAACGACAUCUUCAGGCCUUCGAAUGUGUCCUUUGCUGAAGUUGUUUCAUCUGGCAACUAGGCAAAUCAAAAUUGUUCUAAGCAUCAAAUAUUGGAAUUAUUGGUCACAAGAGAGUUUUGAUGGAUCUCCAAUUCAAAUCUACUGAAAUGUGAUAAAGUUUUUAUUUCGAAGGCAGAAUGACGAUCCUUCAGUGUUCUAGAUGUGAAAUUCCACAACCAAAACUGUUCAGAAAGGAUAAAUCCAUUAUUUUCAUUUAAAAUAAGCGGCAGAACUGAUUCUAGAGCAUCCAAAAUAAAAGGCACAGCCACUCAAAAAAAAAGCACAGACAUAACAUGUGUCGACAAUCCGGUGUAAAGUCCAGAAGACUUGCUAAGAGUUUUGUGAGAUCCAGAACUAAUAGAAGAUGAAAGUAUUACCAACAAUAUAGACUGUCUAGACAGGCUGAUUUUUCUUCAAUUUUGAUAGAUUAAGAAAAAGGGAAUCCUCUUUGAUUUUUUUUUCGAGCAAAGUUUUGGGCUUUGAAACUUAGCACUUAGAUUCUGAUUUUUUUUUGUUGCCUCGGCACAUCCAAUAAUCACCUAAGAUUUUUGUUUUUGAGAAACUAACGUUAUUCUUUUUCAUAGAACAAUAAUAAUGUCUAUUCAGUAAAGCUGCUUGUUUAUUCAGAACAAGAGGCAUUUCGAUA